UGGAAUGCGCGGAAUGUGUUUCCUGUGCUCGGCAUCAUGAGCGCGAGAGUCGCUGUUCUUCAGCUUUUUUCUUCUCCAGCUCCGUUUCUCCGGUUGUCCGCGUUUCUCCAGCGGUAUCCUGCCGUUCAUUCCCGCAGGAGAGCUGAAUGAGCGCCGCUGUGGAGCUUCAGCGAUGGCGGAGCCGCUGCUCAGAAGAACUUUCUCCAAACUCCGGGCCAAAGAGCGAUUCCGCCGCAAAACCGACCCCAAACUCACCGAUGUGACAGGGAAAGUGGAUCUCUUCCAAACGUCAGCGUCCACCGAGACGGAGAGCGGCUCCGCGGAGGACCAAACCAGAGGCUCACAGAUCACCGUUUCCAAAAAACAGAACUGGGCUAAACUUCCUACAGCGUGCCGAGAGCCAGAGCUGUGUUCCAGCCUGGUCUACGGGCCUCCAGACUGGGAUUUGUGCUCUGAAAAGGCUGAUAAACAGGCCUGGAGCCAAAGGACGCUGAGUGAGGAUGGCCUGAAGAGGAAGAGGAAUGAUCUGGAGUUAGAGUUUGGUUAUUCCAGGACUGCAUGUGAUGCUGUUGAUGCAGGUUUGCCAGAGCUGACGCCUCCAUCUACAACAUAUAUGGAUGUGUGUGUGUCUUCAAGCUCUGCGAAGAUCUCCGGUCAGGGUGCAUAUCUUCAGCAUCUCGACCGGAGCAGUCGGGCCUGGGUUUUGUCCACUGGAAAACCCCAGACUCCAGAUGAAACCCUUCCAACCAGGAUAACAGAGUGGCGACAGGGCCCGGAGAGAGAGGGAAAUAUUUGGUACAACCCCAUUCCUGAAGAGGACGACCCGCGGCCUGGUGUCGGAGCGGCUCAGGAUGGAUACGGAGACCCGUGGAGGAAGAGAGAAAUCGAAGGGUUUGCAAAAGAGAAUAGAGAGCUGAAUAAAAAAACGGGGGGUUCGAGUGGAACUGGCAUCCAAGGCGAGGCUGACGUCAUCGGGGCGGAUAGUUUGGAUCUGGUGCUGCCUUCAGACUCCAUCAGCGCUGCGCUCUCAGACAGUCCCAACACACAGAAGAAAGCUCCAGCAGAAAUCAGCAGCAGUGUGAUGGACCGGAUCAAAUCUCCAGGAACGGUGCGUCGGCUCUCCAUGAAGAUGAAGAAACUCCCGGAACUACGGCGUAAGCUGAGUCUGCGCUCGUCUCGGAACCAGCAGCGUCACGCAGCGAGCGCCAGCAGCACACACACCGCGUCAGACGAAGCCUCGCCUACAAACACACGCAAGGAGUCCUCCAACGUGAUCAGCAGAUAUCACCUGGACUCCAGCGCUCCCGCUCGGCCCGCACGCAGAUCCUCCCGCUCUGCUAAUAAAGGAGGAUAUCUGAGUGAUGGAGACUCGCCUGAGCUGCUGCCUAAAGGUCAAGGGUCACCCACGGCUCAGGAGUCGCUCUCCGUGGCGGACGCAGAGUCUUUCCGCUUAUAUUCGCUGGCGGAUCAGCCGCGCUGCGCUCAGAGACUGUCAGGCCUGCUGACGGUGCAUCUGCUAGGAGUCGAGGAGCUGCUCAGAGCUAAUAAAGCUAGCAAAGAAGUCUUCUGUGCCAUUCAGGUGGACGGAGUGACCCGCGCCCGCACCUCCCUGCUCACCUGUCGAGGGGCGUGUCUUCCUCUCAACCACACCUUCAAUCUGGAGCUGGAGCGGGCACGGCUGCUCAAGCUGGUGAUUUUAACGCCGGCGUCUGCUAAUGCUAGCGGUGCUCCCGCACGCAACCGGGUGUGCUGUGUGGGUGCGGUCGCCAUUCCGGCUCUGUUCAAAGCGUCUCGCAGUCAGCAUCUGUGUGUGCGUCUGGAGCCCCGCGGUCUGCUGUAUGUGAAGCUGACCCUGCUGGAGCAGUUUGUGAGCCCGUUCCCGCGCCCCGGAGACCUGCCUCCUCCUGCGGUGUUCGGCGUGGAGCUGCGCCCCCUGGUGGAGAAGGAGAACACUGCGCUCCGUGUGCCGCUCAUCAUCCAGAAGUGUGUUUCUGAGAUCCAGAGGAGAGGACUGAGGGUGGUGGGAUUGUAUCGUCUCUGUGGCUCUGCAGCGGUGAAGAAGGAGCUGCGGGAUGCGUUUGAGCGAGACAGUGCAGCAGUAACAUUAAACGACGAGCUCUAUCCUGAUGUGAACGUCAUCACAGGCAUUCUGAAGGACUACCUGCGUGAGCUGCCGUCUCCGCUGAUCACGAGGACCCUGUAUGAGGUGGUGUUAGAGGCCAUGACGGUUCGUCCGGCGUACAGGAACGACAGCGACGCUCAGAAAUCCCAGAGCACCGUUAAUCUGCUGCAGUGUCUGCCGGAGCCUGAGAGGGCGACUCUGUGUUUCCUGCUGGAUCAUCUGAGUCUGGUGGCAUCCUACAGCGACAGCAACAGGAUGACGUGUCAGAAUCUGGCCGUGUGUUUCGGGCCGGUGCUGCUGACGCCCAGUCAGGAGUGUUGGCAGGCGGGUCUGUCGGCUCCUGCGUGCGGGGGGGUCCUGCCGGGCUCCGGGGCCGCGCGGGGGGGACGCAGCUUCGCUCACAGUGAAGAAAUCAACAGCGCCGUGGACUUCAAACGACACAUUGAAGCUCUGCAUUACCUCCUGCAGCUCUGGCCUGUGCCUACAGAUGAAGUGCUGGAGGACUGCGAUCAGUCUCAGGCCUCCCACAAUGCAUCAGUGCGUCUCUGUCAGCGAGCGCCGCUCCAUGUGGAUCUUCCUCCGGCACAGGAAGUGGUGGUCUCCCGCAGGGGGCGCGGCCGGCUGGAGAGCCCACCCUGCAACCGUUACGCCGGCGACUGGAGCGUCUGUGGGCGGGACUUCCUGUCCAACGACGAGGCAGAUUACGAUGAGGUGGCAGGAAGUGAAAGCGACGAGGAAAAGAAGCAGGAAGUGUGGACGACGGCGGACGGUUUGUACAUGGACGACUUCACACUAGACUUCGACGCUCCGUUCACCUGCCGACUGAGUCUGAAGGACUUCGACACGCUCAUUUCAGACCUGGAGAGAGAGUUAUCCAAACAGAUCAACAUCUGCCUGUAGAAUGAGACGCGCGCUUUUAGGAAUAAUGCAACGUUUAUUACAUGCAUUCAGAUGCAUCCACAGCAUUUGCAUUGGUCAGAUGCAUUUUUAAGAGGCUGUGUUAAUAACAAUGCAACGUUUAUUACAUGCAUUCAGAUGCAUCCACAGUAUUUGCAUUACUCGGGUGCAUUUUUAAGAUGCUGCGUUAAUAAUAAUACAGCUUUUAAACCGUGCAUUAGGUUGCAUCUACAGCACUGAUGCUCUGUUUGCAUUAAUCAGUGGCAAAAUGAAUAUAACUAGCAUAUUUUCUGGACAACAGCAAGUGAAGUUUCACUAAUACAUUCAGUUAUAUCAGUAAUUAUAAAAGAAAGUUCCACACAUGUUUUCAGACGAUGCAUUAAAACCCCCUCUUAAACCAUGCAUUCAGCUGCUUGUGCAGUAUUGAGGCUCUGUUUGCAUCGCACUGAUGCAUAAAUCACAUUUCAAAUUACAUUCAGAACUAUCAGUACUAUCAAACUGAGAUUGAAAAAUAACGUUCAAACAUGCAUUCAGAUGCAUCUACAGUAUUGGCAUUACUCGGGUGCAUUUUUAAGAUGCUUCGUUAACAAUAAUGCUACUUUUAAAGCGUGCGUUAAGCUGCAUGUGCAGUAUUUGCAUUAUUCAGUGCCAAACUUAAUAUAAUUAGCAUAUUUUCUGAAAGCAGCAAGUGAAGUUGCAUUAGUGCAUAAAUCACAUUUAAAAUAUUACAAUAAAAAUAUCAGUCAAUAUAAAAAUCUGCAUAAUGUUUACUCUGCAUUAUAAACUCAGUAUUUUUGUCUUGUUUUCUGAGAUGAAUAUCUAAACGUUAUUACAUAGAGAAGCAUUAUAAAAAUGUAUUAAUUGUAUUUAAUCUAAUGCGAGUUAUGCUGGAAUUAGACUAAAUAUAAUUUCCAGUAGGGUCAGAAAAUAAUAAUGAACAUUUUUUCCCCCACACUAUUGACUGUUUAUUUUGUUGACAUGUGUAUGUUUUAAAUGUAAGCGUGUGUCAAGUAAAUGUAUCUUUAUCUAUAAUUUUAGACUUUUUAAAAAAAAAAAGAAAACGAGACAAAAAUGGACUUUGACACGCUCAUUUUAGACCUAGAGAGAGAGAGAGAGAGAACCAAACAGAUCAACAUCUGCCUGUAGACAUCUGCAGACGCGCUUAAAAAAAAUAAUGCAACUUUUCAACCAUGCAUUCAAUUGCAUGUGUGAUAUUUCCACUAAUCAGACGUGUUUUUAAGAUGCAGGGUUAAAAAUAGUGCACCGUUUAAAAGCAUGCAUGAGGUUGCAUCUACAGUAUUGAUGCUCUGUUUGCAUUAAUCGGUGCCAAAAAUAAUAUAAGUAAAAUUUUCUGGAAAGCAGCAAGUGAAGCUGCAUUGGUGCAUAAAACACAUUUCAGUAAUGCAUUCAGGAAUAUAGUUUCAAUAUUACAUUUAGGAAUAUCUGUAAAUGUAAAAAAAGCUGCGUAAUUCUUACGCUGCUAUGAAAACUCCUCAGUAUUUUUGUCUUGUUUUCUUAGAUUAAUAUAUAAACAUAAUGAAAUCAAGAUGUAUUUUAGAUGCAUUAAAUAGUCAGACCUGGAGACAGAUCAACAUCUGCCUGUAGAAUUACAGAUGCGCUGUUAAUAAUAAUGCAACUUUUAAACCAUGCAUUAAGUUGCAUGUACAGUAUUGAGGCUCUGCUUGCAUUAAUCAGUGCCAAACUUAAUAUAAUUAGCAUAUUUUUUUGGAUAACAGCAAGUGAAGCUGCAUUGGUGCAUAAAACACAUUUCAAAUAUUACAUUCAGAAAUAUCAGUAAUAUCAAAAUAUCAGUAAAUAUAAAAAAGCUGCAUACUUUUACGCUGCUAAAACAGAAGCUUUUUGUCUUUUCUGAGAUGAACAUCUAAUUGAGAUUAAAUAUAGAUGCAUUAAUUAGAUGCAUUAAAUAGUACUAAUAUCUUGGUUUAAUUAUGUUAAAUUUUUAUUUUUUAACAGAAAACAAGACAAAAAUACUCUUCGGCACGUUCAUUUCAAGCCAAACAAAUCAACAUCUGCCUGUAAUCAUGCACAUCGCUCCAUUCCAGAUGCAUUUAUUUGAAAUAUUGCAGCUUUUAAACCAUGCAUUGAGUUGCAUGUGGAGUGUUGAGGCUCUGUUUGCAUUAAUCUCUGCCAAAAUGAAUAUAAAUAACAUAUUUUAUGGACAACAGCAAGUGCAUAAAACUACAUUUCAAUAUUACAUUCAGAAAUAUCAGUACAUUUAGAAGAACGCUGCAAAAAAGCCUCCUCCUUAGUAUAUUUGUCUUGUGUUCUGAAAUUAAUGUCUAAACAUUAUUAAAUCAGGAUCUAUUUUAGAUGCAUUAAAUACAGAUGCAUUAAAUAGUACAAAUAUCCUAGAAAACAAGAUUAAAAUGGACUGUGACAUGCCUAUAAACGAGCACAUCGGUCAGCUCCAGAUGAG